UAAAGAUAAAGAGGCUUAAAAUAAAAAAAGAUGUACUCCAAUAUGAUUGCAGCAGCUGCAUGCCUUUUGUUCUGGUUGUGCUUACUCACAGAAGUGCGGGGAAAAAAAUUUGAUGUCAAGAAAUUCGGAGCAAAGGCUGACGGAAAAUCAGACGAUUGCAAGGCAAUUGCAAGUGCCUGGAGGGCGGCAUGCACAUACAUGAGGCCAAGCACUCUAGUGAUUCCGUAAGGAGAAUACAUGGUUGGUCGAUUAAUGUUGGAGGGACCCUGCAAGGCCCCUGUAACUUUUGAGCUUCAAGGAACUCUCAAGGCCCCAACAGUCACGGACCAGAAGAAGGCUCAGGAUGGUUGGGUUGCUUUUAAAAGGAUUAAUGGCUUGACAGUGCUCGGAGGUGGAGUUUUUGACGGUCAAGGAUCAGCUGCCUGGGCCUCUAAUAAUUGUGCCAGAACUGGGAAAUUCAAUUCUCUACCCGCUAAUUUACGAAUGACUGAGGUUACCAAUUCGAAGAUUCAAGAUAUAACUUCGCUUAACAGCAAGCUCUUUCACAUGAACAUCUUGGGCUGCAACAACUUGACUCUUCAACAUAUUACCAUAACUGCACCAGAAAACAGCUCAAACACUGAUGGAAUUCACGUUGGUCGAUCAAAUGGAGUCAAUGUAACCGAUGCAAACAUUCAGACGGGGGAUGAUUGUAUCUCUCUUGGCGAUGGUAGCCAACAAAUAAACGUUGAGAAGGUUACCUGUGGACCUGGCCAUGGCGUUAGCAUUGGUAGCCUCGGAAAAUAUCAGAACGAGCAACCAGUCGAAGGUAUAACAGUGAGAAAUUGUACUCUCACAAACACAAUGAAUGGUGUCAGGGUUAAAACAUGGCCAGCUUCUCCUAGGGGCGCUGCCUCUAAUUUGCGUUUUCAAGAUAUCAUCAUGAACAAUGUUAGCAAUCCUAUCUUAAUCGACCAAAAAUACUGCCCUUAUGGUCAAUGUAAAGCUGAGGCUCCAUCGCGUAUUAGGAUCAGUGAUGUUAGCUUCAAGAACAUUAGGGGCACUUCUGCGACUCAGGUUGCGGUGAAGAUUGUUUGCAGCAGAGGGCUGCCAUGCCAGAAGGUGGACAUUUGUGACGUUAACUUGACUUACAAUGGGAAAGGCUCAGCAGUAUCAGAAUGUGCUAAUGUGAAGCCUGCAGUUUCUGGCAAAGUUUUUCCCCCUGCUUGUGCCAAGAAUGCUGACGCCACGUUAUAGAUUCUGAUAGAUGGACCAAUAAUUAAGUUUAAGGUAUACAAAAAGCUGAUUAAUUACUUCCUUUGUUGCCGAAGAAAUUAAGGAAUACUGAUCCAAAUUCUUAGAUAAAUGAUCAAAAUUAAUUGAUUGUUCUGGGAAAACGUAAAAUAAAAUAAGAAAUUUGAGGUGAGAAUUGAAAUUGGGUACCA